CAGCAAAGGAAAGCUCAAAUGGACAGCCGAUUUUGAGGCUCUACAAAGACUUGUCGCAGAAGUCUUGGUUUUGUCAGACGGCGAAUGGACCACGCCGGGAGGACACGCAAAGCUUUACCAAAAUGAAAGCAUCUCUAUCCGCUGGUAUUCUGAUACCGAAUCAAUCACCAUUAGUGGUAAAGACGAAAAGGAAUUCAAGGAGAAGCUGUUGAAAUUAGCCUCAAUUUCAGCGGGUUUAGCUAACGACGAGGACAAGCUCGUGGAUGUUGUUGAGAAAAACAGGUCAGUCAGCCAUAACGACAAUAAAUCCCACCCAAAUAAUGACCUAGACGAUUCCCAAGAGACUUAUCUUAAAAUCCUUAACUGCCAGUUACAAGCUAAACUACAAGCCUUAUCCGAUCAAUUUGUAUCGAGCAUGACAUACAUAAAUAGGACGUUAUCAGAUCACUCUAACCAGCUUAAAGAACUCAGAAUUGCUGACAAGGAAAGUGAAUUUUCUGCACUUAUAAAGGAAAAUAGCGAUUUAAAAGACACGAACAAUGAUUUGAAAAAUGAGAACAAAUCUUUACACGAAAGGUUAAACAAUCUGAGUUAUAUAUUAGCUGACCUACAAGGAAAGGUCAAAUCUACAGAAGAGGAGAAAGCUAGCUUAAUUACAGCCAUUAGGUUACUAAAUAACAAAUCGGACAUUAACUCGCCAAGUAACACGAGUGCGGAAGUUAAUGUGGAGGUAAUCAAUCAUGAUAUUAUUGAACCAGGCUCCGCUGUAAAUGCCCUACUAACUGACAACGUAAAUAUCAGCAACCAAGAUACACUGAAGCGAAAAUACAAGUCAAAAAAAUCGAAUAAGAAAUCUAAGACGUCUGAGAAGCAAAGCCAAGACGAACAACGGUGUAUAACUGAUUCACCUGCUAAAACCACUCAAACCUCUCAACCGAUUAACGAGGUGAGUAAUGUAAAUAAAAAUACAACUAGUUCUCCUAAAAGCAUCCAAUCUCCAAGCAAAAAGGUCACGGUAGUUGCUGGAGAUUCUAUAUUGAAGCAUGUAGAAGGAUGGCGUCUAUCGAACGCGAGUAACCAUGUGGUAGUCAAGAGUUUCUCAGGAGCUACAACUUCUGAUAUGGAAGACUAUUUAAGACCAGUGCUCCGAAAGGAGCCGAACAAAAUAAUUUUACAUAUAGGUAUACGAACGAUAUAA